AUGCCUUCUUUUUGCAAAUGCACACACCUUUCACCGGCACUUUCCUCUAACCAACCGGGAGGAUUUAGAAACCGUUCUCAAGGCAGAGGUUUUUGUAAAGAAAAGGACAACCAAGUCAAAGCCACUCAUAAAAUCUUAGGGUACGAUCCUAUCCAGAAGUCAUUUGCCGCCCCAAAGCACGUGAUCAAAACUAACGAUCCUCGGCUUCAGAAAAUCACUGUAGCCAAGCACGGGUUUUUGAUCUCUGAAGGAUUUCCUGUCCCGGAGGGCAUCCCGUUGGUGGGCUCUUCUCCGUCCCACCAAGUAGCGGAGGACGAGGGUGAUUUGGGCUUAUCCGAAGAGGGGUUCGGUGUAUUUGACCAAGCUAAUCCAUCUGAGGAUCCUUCCAGUGACCUGGGUAACCCUAACUUGUCCGAAGCGGAACUGUUGUCAAUAGGAACAUCUUCUCGGGCGGAGAUAGGUGUUAAGAGAAAGCCUUCAACCAGCUUGUUUGACCUGCUUGAGGGCCAGCCGAGGAAGGGUGUGCAGGGAAGGUCGCAGUCCAGUGCUCCAACUCCCCCACCACAGCCCCAGCCUGUCCAGACUAGGUCUUCUCCUUCCCGGUCGCAAUCACAAUCUCUCCGACCCAAACUUCCUGCCCCUCCCCAAUCCACUCUGCCUCCUCGGCUUGAGCCCACCGACCCAAAGAGGAAGAGGAGUUCCAAGGGUAAGGAGCCAAUGGACGGGGGGAAAUCUCAUUCCUCUCGAGAGGAGGACGAAGCCCCGCGAGCUCAAAAACAGUUAAAGAUUGGGCAUCAAGGCCAAGGGAAAGGGGUUGAUGCCCAAUCCGCGCCCAAUGCUUGGCUUCCUGUCCCAAUGCUCCAUGAGGAGCUUUUGAUGGAAGAUGCAUCCAUGAGGAGCUUCCGAGACAGCGAAGGCGCUUAUGUGACCGACGCGUUGGAGAGGACCCUGCUGCUUUCCACUAACAUGCAUGAGUUGAAGAGUAUGAGGAUGCAGGAGGUUUUCCUCAGCAUGAAGAGGGAUGAAGCCGUAAGGGCCAAGACAGAGGCUGAGUUUGCCAAGACGGAGGCCGAGACUUCCAAGGACAAGGCCGAGGAGAAGGCUUACGAUGUGAGGGUGGUUGAAACCCAUGCCACCCUUAAAGCUCAAAUUCCUAGUGUAUGCAGGCUAUACUACUCCCAGGUUUGGAAUGAAGCCCUCAAACGAGCUGGGGUGGAGGCUUCGUCCGACCUGUGGAAGGCGGAGAAGGUGUACUAUCCUCCGGCCAUCUGUGAGACCGCCUUCGCCAGCUCCGAGGCUGUGAGCGCUCCACAGGAGACUGAGACUACUCAGCCAGAAGCUGCUCAGCUCGUUCUCACUCCUGACAAGCCGACUAAGGGAGGAGAGCUUCAUGGGGCGACAGAAACACCUGAAGGUCUGAAUCCUGAGAUGCCCCAAGAGGCUGCCAAGUCCAUAGUCAGUGCUCAGGUUUCUGAUGCCAAGGAGUCGGCCCUCUUGGUUCAGCCCCUUCAGGCCAUUCCCCUUGCUGAUGUCUCUGAGGGCCUUAAGGCUAAUCCUGCUCGGCCUCCCCAGGAAGGGGAUGUCUCUCAAGAUCCCAAGGCUAAUCCUGCUUAG